AUGGUCAACCUUCUCGCUGAAAGGCUGCCUGGAAAACUCAUCGCCAUCGCCACCCCUCUUAUCAUGUUCUUCCUCAUCUUCUUUGUCUACACGCUUAUAUGUUGCUGGACGGCGUGCCCAUUCUGCAAGUGCUGCCGCUGCUGCCGCAAGAAGCGCGCUGUUCCCUUUGUCGUGAAGCUGCUCUUUUUGAUCGUGGUGGGCGGCUUCGUCCUGGCCCUGGUCAUCCUGUCCAGCCUGUCCACGCGAGGCUACUCCAGGGCGGUGGAGGGCUUCGAUGUGACGAACUGCGCUGCGGCACGAAUGGUCAACUCCACAUUCCAGGGCCAGACGAGUCCGUACUUCCUCGGCCUGAUCCCGGUGCUGAACAUCUUCGACUCGCUGGAAGGCAACCUGGCGGACGGCUCGCAGUUCAUCAACGACCUCCGAGGCAUUUUGUUGGAUACCCAGGACAUCACCGAUUCUGUCACCGUUGCCACUGCCACAUUGGACAUGCUCAGCGCCAUGUUGAGCGACACCCGGAACACACUGCCCACUGGUACUGUUCAUGAGUGCGUCGCUUGCGCUCCUCUGGCCUCAACGCUGAGCACUGUCAGCAGCUCCGUGUCUUCCGGCACGGCUGCGGCACUCAGCGCAGCGCGCGUGGAGGUGGACAAUCAGCUCUCUGGAAGCAGCUUGGUGAGCCUCCGCAGCUCUCUUUCCACCGCAACUGCCCCACUCGUCGAGCUCAAGACGACCAUUAAAUCAAGCUUCACUCCCUUCGUUGAGGACACCCUGAUGGAACAGCUAUCUGACCAGAUGAAUGCCAAUGGGACAGUGGCCAGUGUGUUCAUGAUUGGUUUGGCUCUGGUCCUGGCAGGCUGCGCGAUCAUCGCCAUCUUGCUGUGGAUGUGCUGCGACAAGCGUCGAAGCGAUGACAGCGGAGAGCCAGUUCACAAUCCAUGGACAUAUCGAUGUGCAUGUUGCACUUGGUGCUGCGGCUGCUAUUAUACCAUGCUCGCCUUCUUCCUGGGCGGCCUCUUGCUGAUCUUGGCUGUGCCACUGUCCUCCAUGUGCUUGAUCAUGGAGGAUAUCAGCAGUACUGUGAUCACGGACAUCUCGGGAGCCUUGGACAUUCCGAUCGACCCUACCUCUGGCGACAUGAUGGGAGCCAUGAUCGACCAGUGCAUUCAGAACUCCACUUCCAACCCCAGGCUGCUGGAUCUCAUCUUCAUCGAGGAGGGCGGCCAACAAGUCUCCAUGUAUGAUAAGCUGGUGGUCCAAACCCAGGCGCAGAUCACGAACCAGUUCGAUCAGCUCGGGAGUGCGCCGAGCGCAGGUCUUGCGACCUCCACCGAGGCCGAGCUUUGGUUUAGGGUUUAG